CAGAAUGCGACGAGAUUGCCGGCGUGACGUUUGCGGGACAGCGGAGGAGAGAAGCGCCACACGGGACGCCGACCUUGUCAGCUUUCGACGUGGAUUUAGAAAAUGACACAAAACUCGAGCGAGCAGAUGAGGCCGCUGCUCACAUCCGAGGAAGAAGCUGUGCUCGACCGAAGGAACACCAGCUCCACCUUGAACACCAAUUUUGAGGCGGAGGAGCUGGAAAGUCACAGGGAGCUUUACGUCGGCAUCCACGUGCCUUUGGGUCGCCGACGGCGCCACCGCCACCGGGGACACAGGCAUCAGCGACCCCGCUACGAUCCGCCGCUGCAAUUGGAGGAUGCCACCGAGUCGUCGUCUUACGCGUGUUUGGACACUUUAGAUACGCCCUCGCAGAGGGUGCAGUUCAUCCUGGGCACGGAUUACGACGACGAGGAACACGUCCCGCACCAACUCUUCAGCGAGCUGGACGAGUUGGCCUCCAGGGACGGCGACGUCCUGGAGUGGAAGGAGAAGGCCAGGUGGUUGAAGUUCGAGGAGGACGUGGAAGACGGCGGCGAGCGUUGGAGCAAACCCUACGUGGCCACGCUGUCGCUGCACAGCCUGUUCGAGCUGCGCGCCUGCUUUAUGACCGGCACCGUCAUCCUCGACAUGCGCGCCAACGCUAUCGAACACAUCGCAGACACGGUGAUCGACAGCAUGCUGGCUUCGGGUCAGAUGGACCACGACGUCCGGGACAAAGUUCGGGAAGCCAUCUUGAAACGCCACCGCCAUCAGAACGGGAAGAAGCUGAGCAAGCGCAUCCCGCUGGUGCGAUCCUUGGCCGAAAUGGGCAAGAAGCAUUCCGACUCUCAUCUGCCGGAGCACGGCGGUCGUCCGACGUCCCCUCGGUUGGCUUCCGGGAGCUCCAACGACUACAAGAAGGCGGAAGGCGGCGCCGAUACCGACAGUCGGGAAAACAGCGCGGUGGAUUUUAGCGAAGUGGACAUGAGCUUCAUGAAGAAAAUUCCUCCAGAUGCUGAAGCUUCCAACGUGCUGGUGGGGGAGGUGGACUUUUUGGAGAAGCCCAUCGUCGCCUUCGUUCGCCUGGCGCCCGCCGUGCUCCUCUCCGGACUCACGCAGGUUCCCGUGCCCACCAGGUUCCUCUUUCUUCUGCUGGGCCCGUUCGGAAAAGGUCCCCAGUACCACGAAAUCGGACGCUCCAUGGCCACGCUGAUGACAGACGAGAUCUUCCACGACGUGGCCUACAAGGCUAAGGACCGCAAGGACCUGCUGUCCGGUCUGGAUGAGUUCUUGGAUCAAGUGACGGUGCUGCCGCCCGGCGAGUGGGACCCGAGCAUUCGCAUCGAACCGCCAAAGAACGUGCCGUCACAGGAGAAACGGAAGAUUCCUCCAGCACCGAACGGUUCCAUCCACAGCUCUGACAUCAUCAGGGAGGCGGAGCAUGACGUAGGACCGGAACUACAGAGGACAGGAAGGUGUUUUGGCGGUCUGGUUAGGGACAUCCGGAGGAAGGUGCCCUUCCUGCUCAGCGACCUGACUGAUGCCUUCAGGCUUCAGUGUUUAGCUUCCAUCCUCUUCCUCUACUGCGCCUGCAUGUCACCCGUCAUCACAUUCGGCGGCCUGUUAGGAGAAGCCACCCAAGGAAACAUUAGCGCCAUCGAAUCUCUGUUCGGCGCCUCCCUGACGGGUAUGGCCUAUUCCAUGUUCGCGGGCCAGCCGCUCACCAUCCUGGGCAGCACCGGACCCGUCCUGGUCUUUGAGAAGAUCCUCUUCAAGUUCUGCACGGAUUACGGCCUGUCUUACAUCUCCAUGCGGACCAGCAUCGGUCUGUGGACCGCCUUCCUUUGCCUGCUCUUGGUAGCCACCGACGCCAGUUCCUUGGUCUGCUACAUCACGCGCUUCACCGAGGAAGCCUUCGCCGCCCUCAUCUGCUUCAUCUUCAUCUACGAAGCCCUGGAGAAGCUCAUCCACCUAGGUCACAGCUACCCUAUCAACAAGGCCAACGACCUCAACAACCUGACCUUUUACACGUGCAAAUGUUCCCAACCCGCCAACGCCUCCGAGAAGGUGCGUGAGAUCUGGAGGAGCUCGGGUUACGACUCGGCAGAGAGCGUCCCUUGGGAAGAGCUGACUUUGAAGCGCUGUCAGACUUUGCACGGUCAGUUCGUGGGCCGGGCUUGCGGCCAUGAUGGUCCUUUCGUCCCAGACGUCCUCUUUUGGUCCGUCAUUCUCUUCUUCACCACCUUCUGCUUGUCUUCCUUCUUCAAAGACUUCAAGAACAAGAGAUUCUUCCCCACCAAGGUGCGAUCGACCAUCAGCGACUUUGCCGUCUUUUUAACCAUACUGUUAAUGGUGCUGCUGGAUUAUCUAGUGGGAAUCGCAUCUCCCAAGCUUAACGUCCCGGAUCGUUUCAAGCCCACUUCCCCUAAUCGCGGCUGGUUCAUCUCUCCGCUGGGCCCCAACCCCUGGUGGACGCUGCUAGCCGCCGGGGUACCGGCGCUACUCUGCACCAUCCUCAUCUUCAUGGACCAGCAGAUCACCGCCGUCAUCGUCAACAGAAAGGAGAACAAGUUGAAGAAAGGCUGCGGCUACCAUCUGGACCUGCUGGUGGUGGCGCUGAUGAUGGCCGUGUGCUCCAUCAUGGGCUUGCCGUGGUUCGUGGCCGCCACCGUCCUCUCCAUCACGCACGUCAACAGCCUGAAGGUGGAAUCGGCCAGCGCCGUCCCGGGCGAGCGCCCCAAGUUCUUGGGCGUCCGCGAACAGCGGGUCACCGGUUUUAUGAUCUUCCUUCUCAUGGGUUGCUCCGUCUUCAUGACGCCCGUUUUGCAGUUAAUCCCCAUGCCUGUCCUGUACGGCGUCUUCCUCUACAUGGGCGUGUCCUCGCUCAAAGGCAUUCAGCUGUUUGACCGCAUCCAACUGUUCGCCAUGGCGACCAAGCACCAGCCGGACCUCAUCUACCUCCGCUACGUGCCGCUGAGGAAAGUCCACGCCUUCACCGUGGUCCAGCUGUCCUCCCUCAUCGUCCUGUGGCUCAUCAAAACCUCGCCCGUCGCCGUGGUCUUCCCCAUGAUGGUUCUGGCGCUGGUCUUCAUCCGGAAGCUGAUGGACUUCUGCUUCAGCAAGCGAGAGCUGAGCUGGCUGGACGACCUGAUACCCGAGAGCAAGAAGAAGAGGGACGACGACAAAAAGAAGAAGAGAGCGUUAAAUUCGCAGGACAACCACGCGUACGACGACGACGCCAAAGUCGUCGAGAUGGCCGUCGAUGAAAUGGAUCGACGGACGGACGUCUCCGACGGGAACAUCUCCUGCGAGAUGGGUAAAAGCGACUUGUGGAGGUCCCUCUCCAUGACGGCGGACUCCGGCAAAGCUAGCAAGCCGAGCGGCAGUCAGGUGCCCGGGCCUAGCGUUAGCGUGACAUUGGAAGAUGUCGAGACAGCGCUAUGAAGUUACUAUGAAGUUACACAUCAUCGCCGCUAGAGGUUGCUGCUGUGCCAAGUUGAAGAAGAUGGCUCCUUUUCAUCGAUGACCAAAGUGUUUUUUUGUUGUUGUUGUUUUUAAUUUCCCUUUUUUAGGGUGAAAUUUGUUUUUGUCAAACCACAAAGAAAAAAUCUUGAAUUUAGUCUACUUUUAGAUUUAUUCAAACACUGUUUAUUAUUUAUUGUUUAGCAAAAUGUUAUAUUUUCAUGGACGACACGAAAUAAAUGGCACUUAGCUGUAUUCACUGAUGGGAAUGGACGUUAAAUCCGUAUCAAGUGGUAAGGCUGGUGAUCAUGAUCAUGUUAAAGUGCCUUUGAAGGUGAUGGAUGUCCAAUUUUGACUGGGAAGGUUGGCAGCUGUGUAAAUGAAAUUUCGAUUGGCAAUAUAAUGAAAUUUGUUUAAAGCGGAAUACUGUACAGUGGGGCAAAUAAGUAUUUAGUCAACCACCAAUUGUGCAAGUUCUCCUACUCCAAAAAAUUAGAGAGGCCUGUAUUUGUCAACAUGGGUAAACCUCAACCAUGAGAGACAGAAUGUGGGGAAAAAAAACUGAAAGUCACAUUUUAGAGUGGAAAUUAAGUAUUUGGUCACCUACAAACAAGCAAGAUUUCUGGCUGUCAGAGUGGUCUAACUUCUUCUAACGAGGCUCCACUCAUUACCUGUAUUAAUGGCACCUGUUUUAACUAAUUAUCGGUAUAAAAGACACCUGUCCACAACCUCAGUCAGUCACACUCCAAACUCCACAAAACCAAAGAGCUGUCGAAGGACACCAGAGACAAAAUUGUAGACCUGCCCCAGGCUGGGAAGACUGAAUCUUCAAUAGGUAAAACGCUUAGUGUAAAGAAAUCAACUGUGGGAGCAAUUAUUAGAAAAUGGAAGACAUACAAAACCACUGAUGAUCUCCCUCGAUCUGGGGUUCCAUGCAAGAUCUCACCCCGUGGCGUCAAAAUGAUUAAAAAAAUGGUGAGCAAAAAUCCCAGAACCACAAGGGGGGACCUAGUGAAUGACCUACAGAGAGCUGGAACCACAGUAACAAAGGCUAAUAUCAGUAGCGCAAUGCGCCACCAGGGACUCAAAUCGUGCACUGCCAGACGUGUCCCCCUGCAGAAGAAAGUACACGUCCAGGCCCGUCCGCUAGCUUAAAUGCUAUAUAAUGUUUACAACAAUUGGCCAACUUGCAAAACAAAAGUCUGCUAGCCUAAAUCCUAUAUAACGCAAAUGUUGACAACAAUUGGCUAACUUUCAUAGCAAAAGUCCGCUAGCUUAAGUGCUAUAUAAUGCUAAUGUUUACAACAAUUGGCCAACUUGCAUUGCAAAAGUCCGCUAGCUUAAAUUAUAAUGUUGACAACACAGUUGGCUAACUUACAUAGCAAAAGUCAGAUAUCUUAAAUGCUAUAUAAUGCUAAAGUUGACAGCAAUUGGCUACCUUGCAUAGCAAAAGUCCGAUAUCUUAAAUGCUAUAUAAUGCUAAUGCUUACAAACAAUUGGCUAAUUUGCAUCGCAAAAGCCCGCUAGCUUAAAUGCUAUUGAAGGAGAAAAGAUAUCGUCAUCGCACACACCAUAUAAUUGUUUGCAUUAGUCUAACACAUACACAUGGUACAGGUUUUCGUAGGCACCGUCUAACUGUUUGCAUCAGUCUAACACGUAAUAUAAUUAAUCAGGAAAUAGUAUCAUUUUCAUAUUUACGGUAGGACUACACUACUAAUAUAAAAUAAAAAGCACACCAUAGUUUAAUGAGAAGAAAUAGAAGAGAUACACAAUGCCGUCUUAUCACAAGAUUGACGCACCAACUCUGGCAAUCAGCUCUCCCAGCAAACUCCAAGGACAAACCACUUUGUCCUAAAACAAGUACAACCAGCCCGGACAGCAAAGUUGAUAGCGGGCGUCCCAAUCCGCACACGAACCUAAGCCGCCCAAAACCGGCCACAGAGGGGAUGGCCCAAAAGCAACGCCCUGAAACGCCUUCGACAAGGCCCGCCUCAGCAAAGUCUUUAAAAAGACUGGACACUGAGAUAACACAGAUUUUUUCUGCUCGGAAACAUAGCCUUGUUUUGGAUCCAGAAUUGUCCCGCCGUCGUCUGUUUUUGCGUUGUUUUUACCAUUGUCGACGAAUAAAUUGUCAACCUGUUUUCGGUGAGUGUUCUUCAAGCUUUUGAAACAUGGAGUCAGUACAAAGGGUUAAAAUAAGAGGACGCGCGAGGUUCGGCCUUCCCGGCGGGCGCACGCGGAGCAGUGUCAGCCGAGCGGCAGUUGUUUUGGCUGGUGCUGUUCUCGGGUGCGUCUGGGCCGGGGGGGGCGAAUUUCAACACCUCAUUGGCCGCUUUUACUCCAGAGGAAAUGAGUUCAGCUUCAAUUCUUCAAUGCACUUAACCCUUUUUCUUGUUGCUCUUAACCAGAGGUAUCGACGAGUUGUUUGCUCGCUUAAUAGUGACCACAGUCAACUUGCGGCUGUGAACUUCAGUUCCCACCCCAUAUCAAAGAAAUGAAAUGCUAAUAACAUUACUACAGGUCUUUCCUUUGUGGAAAUACAGAUCUUAGCCCCUCCCAGAAUGGUUGGUGGACAUUUGGGGGCGUGGCCUGGUCAUAUCAGGUCAUUUGGGGGGCGUGUCCUGGUCAUCAGGUCAUUUGGGGGACAUGUCCUGGUCAUAACAGAUCAUUUGGGCACAUUUGGUAGGCGUGUCCUGGUCAUAUCAGGUCAUUUGGGGGGCGUGUCCUGGUCAUCAAGUCAUUUGGGGGCGUGGCCAUGUCAUAUCAGGUCAUUUGGGGGACACGUCCAGGUCGUAUCAGGUCAUAAUGCUAAUGUUCAAAACAAUUGGCUAACUUGGGUA